CCCACCUGAUCACUGAUACAAAAUGGACUCUAGCUCAGCCAGGACCCCCAGUCCACAGCCCCCGAGGGCCAAUGGAAACAUCAGCCUGGGGCCUUCAGCCAACCCAAAUGCCCGGCCCACUGACUUCGACUUCCUCAAAGUCAUUGGCAAAGGGAACUAUGGGAAGGUCCUACUGGCCAAGCACAAGUCUGACGGGACAUUCUACGCAGUGAAGGUGCUACAAAAAAAGUCCAUCUUAAAGAAGAAAGAGCAGAGCCACAUUAUGGCGGAGCGCAGUGUGCUUCUGAAGAAUGUGCAGCACCCCUUCCUCGUGGGCCUGCGCUACUCCUUCCAGACACCCGAGAAGCUCUACUUUGUGCUGGACUAUGUCAACGGGGGAGAGCUCUUCUUCCAUCUGCAACGGGAGCGCCGGUUCCUGGAGCCACGGGCCCGGUUCUACGCUGCAGAGGUGGCCAGCGCCAUUGGCUACCUGCACUCUCUCAACAUCAUUUACAGGGAUCUGAAGCCAGAGAACAUUCUCUUGGACUGCCAGGGACACGUGGUACUGACCGAUUUCGGCCUCUGCAAGGAAGGUGUAGAGCCUGAGGAGACCACAUCCACGUUCUGUGGCACCCCUGAGUACUUGGCUCCUGAAGUGCUUCGGAAGGAGCCUUACGAUCGGGCAGUGGACUGGUGGUGCUUGGGGGCAGUCCUCUAUGAGAUGUUACACGGCCUGCCACCCUUCUAUAGCCGAGAUGUGUCCGAAAUGUACGAGAACAUUCUGCACCAGCCACUACAGAUCCCCGGGGGCCGGACAGUGGCUGCCUGCGACCUCCUGCAAGGCCUUCUCCACAAGGACCAGAGGCAGCGGCUGGGCUCCAAAGCAGACUUUCUUGAGAUAAAGAACCAUGUAUUCUUCAGUCCCAUAAACUGGGAUGACUUGUACCAUAAGAGGCUGACUCCACCCUUCAACCCAAACGUGGCAGGACCUGCUGACUUGAAACACUUUGACCCAGAGUUUACCCAGGAAGCCGUGUCAAAGUCUAUUGGCUGCACUCCAGACGCUAUGGCCAGCAGCUCCGGGGCCUCAAGUGCAUUCCUGGGAUUUUCCUAUGCCCCAGAUGAUGAUGACAUCUUGUAUAGCUAGAAGGCACCUGCGAAACCACUGAAGACAGCUGGAAUCAGUAAGGAGUUACCUUCAGCAGCUAGUAACAGAGACUCAAAGUAACAAUGGCUUAAAGGAGAAACAGGUUU